AUGUUCUAUACGACCUUGAAAUCCACUAUAAGACCGAACUUGGAAACGAUUGGAUUCAGACUCGCUGAGAAGUUCGUCGCGAUGAAGCGAAUCCUGGAAUUGUUCGUCCUCGCGACGAUCUUGGUCGUAUGUUCGGCUAACUGCCGAUCGAACUUAUAUGGAUAUCAAAAUUAUUACCAGUGUGAAAAUGUCACGAAUCUGCAGAUACUCUCAGUGAUACCCAAAGGAGUAGUAGGCAUCAAUAUUAAGAACUCGAACAUCAAGAAAAUACCGACAGACGCAUUCUCGAUGCAUGCCGAGUCUCUGGAGGAACUCAAUAUCACCGGAUGCGGCGUGGAAGAGAUCGAGAAUAAUGCGUUUCGGGGUCUCAAACUACGCGUGCUGAGUUUGGUAGACAACAGAAUUCGUAAACUAGACUCAUUGUGGAUUCAAGAUUUGACGAACCUUAAGGCGCUCAUUGUGUGGCGCAAUCGAAUCGCCGAAGUUGACGUGCAAUUAUACGAUUUGUUGCCGAAUCUAGAGCUCUGGGAUAUCGCGCACAACGAGAUGAACGCUUGUUUACCUACGGAAUUACUGAAGAAGCUAACGAAACUGAGAAAGAUCUAUCUCGCUGGCAAUCCAUGGUCGUACCGAUGUCGCCGUUCGAUGACGUGGUACUUGGGUAGUAAUCAUAUUCGUUUUGUCCAAGAUUGGGGUAGCAGCGAUAUGCUAAUUGAAGAAUGUCUCGCCCAUGAGCCAAACGCCGACGUCGACGACAAUGCUUUAUCCAAAUGCGUUGAUCGCAAGGUCGGCUCUACUGAGAUGCUGCAAACUGUGUCUGGACUGAGUGAACAGAUCCGAGAACUCUCAAGAAAAGUCACUGAAUUGGAAAUCGAAGUCGCCGCUUUGAAGAAAACCGGAUAUUAAUUCAUCAAAGCUUGGAAUCUUUUUACCUAUUUAUGAAAUUGCGUUAAUAUAUAAUGCGUCAAUAUAAUAAAUUUUAACAGAACAUAUAACAUCGACACAUAAUAAUUCAGUAAUUUUUAAAUUAAAAUUAAAUAUCGUUGCCCGCGAUUGCAAUUGUAGCUGGAAAUAACGCUCCAAAUACAAUGAGCUUUGAUAAAUUGAUAAGACCACUUAUUUCAAAUGCGAUGUGCGACUUUGAAAUUAUAUGACUUUUCAACGAGAUACAAAUGAUUGAAUCUAAAGCGUAGAAAAACUUUCAAAAUUGAAUAUCAAAUAAACGUUUAAAAUAAACGCUUCCAAAUUCUCACGUAAGAGGCAAUUGGUGAUGCGAUUAUUCGCGCUCGAAAUGAUUGAAAUAUUAUACAGCGAUGCGCUCUGUAAUAAGAACAUCUACUUUGAUAUUCAGUCGCAUCGCAUCCUCGUGUCAUCGAUAUGAACGAUAUAUCGAAUUUCAAGUAAAUUUUUUUUAAAAGUUUUUCUCUCCGCAAAGUUUUCUUUUUAUAUCUGACAAUACGCUCGCCGACAGUUCUACAAUCAAUAAUAAACCGUAUAUUUAUAAAUCUUGUCGUUUUCGUUUUUUCCCAGUUAAAUUGAGAACAUUUACAAAAAUCACUAUACACGCACUUUUGAUCCGCGAGGCAUUCAUAGAUCACAGUAACGUGUCGCUUAAUACGCUAACAUAUUAAAUCAUCCUACGUCCGUGGAACUACGGUUCUCUCUGCAACGAGACAAGAACGUUCCAGUUCAGUCACCAUUCAUCAGUGUCGAUCAAAAAAUGCGUACCGUGUGCAAACGUAUAGCAGAUCGCACCCGUACUUGCAUUCAUAAGAGAUCUUUAGGGCGGUUUCCGCGAUCAUUAAUAAUUCCAAGACGGCGAGGUGAGCGGGAAAAAACGGGAAGGGCGUUGGCAGUAGAGGCUAAGAAGGUAUGUACUGGCCUGCAGCGUAAUUGUAAGUGAGAGUUUGGUUACAAUGCGUCUAUUGCUCACAUGUCAUGCUAAAAACAUACAGACGAUAUCUCGAUGCUAACGAGAGAUAUUUGAUACGAAUGUAGAUUGCAAGGCUCUUUAACGUUUA